UAAUGUUAAUCCACCACCUGAUAAUGAAGACUUAAAUGAGGAGGACCCGCCACUUGAUGAUCAUCCUUUAAUUAAACCUACUCAUAAUGGGUUUCUCCCAUCAAAGACUGCAUCAAGUGCUAUCACACAGACCAUGCAUUAAGCAGCAAUAUCAUUCACCCUGGGUCACAUGGGGAGAAAUUCCCCAGGCUGAUAAAGAUAUUUUCUUUCAACAUUUUAAGAGGAUGGUGAAAUGAAGUCCUGAGCAUGAAAGUAAUAUCAAAAAAAUUUCAAUGCAAAAGCUUCUCAUAGACUUUCUGAGAUGUUUAUGGAUGCCCGGAAGAAAAAUGAGAAACCAGAUUGGAUUGGAGAUCGUGUGUGGAAAUCUUUAUUAGAAUAUUGGAAUGAACCUACAUGUCGUACAAAGUGUACACAAGCAUACAAAAAUAGAGCAUCUGAAAAGGGUGGAAGUAUGCACACAUGUGGCUCCAUUAGUAUGAAUGGACAUGCCAUUCGCAUGGAAAAGGAGCUUGGUUGACCUGUACACCAUGAUGAACUCUUUCAGCAAACUCAUAUACGAAAAGACACUGGAAGAUUUUGAAGCUAGAUUUUCUCAAGUUAUAUUUGAGGUUGGAUCCACUAUUGGCACCUCAGAACGCACCCCUUUAGACCCUAUUGAGGAGGAUAGACUUAGGAGUCAAUGUUGGAAUGCAGCUAUUGGUGAAAAAUACAAGGGACGUCGUUAUGGUACAGGAGAUCUUUAUGAGAUUGAGGAUAGCAGCUUUGUGGGGACAUCUUUAAGUCAGUCUUAGAAUACACAAGAGAUUUCUCAGUUGACACAACGAGUUUUAGCUAAUGAGGAAGAGAUGCGUUAGAUGCGC